UUUAAAGAAAAAACCAAAAAUAAGCUCUAUAAUUGUUCCGAUGAUGUUUUCCAAGGAAAACUGAAGGACUUUCCCCUCAGAAAAAAUGUGUGCGAAGUGAAAGCCAAAGUCUUUUUGAAGAAUUUUUUUUCUCUCACUCUCCGAGGAGUUGAAAAGCCGGAUUAUUGAAUUUCCUGAGGAAAACCGGGUGUGGAAUUUGCUGGAAGAUGGUUUAGGAAGGACGGAGCGAGGAGAGUGCGGCCGAGGCGGAGCUCGAGCGGCGACCGGUGGAGCGCGGGCUGGGCGCGCGGUACGGCCGUUGGUCAUGGCGCUGUGCGGCACCACGGCGGCGGCGGCGGGCCAGCAGCAGCGCCAAAGCGUCGCCAAGCUGAUGGCUUAUAACGGCGCCGGGGCCGCCCAUCAUCAUCAUCAUCAUCACCAUCACCACCACCACCAUCACAACAACCAUCAUCACCACAACAACAGCGGCAGCAGCAACAGCCAUCACCAACAUCCUCCGCCGCCGCCACCACCUCAUCACCAUCACCAUCAAAUACACCCCGGGGCUGCUGCCGCCGCCACCGCCGCCGCUGCGACUGGUGGCGGCGGCGGUGCCGCUGCUGCCGGAGGAGGUGGUGGGAUCGGCACGGCGGUACACCCGGUCCAGCAUCACCAUCACCCGGCUGUUGCUGCUGCCGCCGCCGCCGCUAGUUCGGCCGCCGUCUCGUCGUCCUCGUCCUCCUCUUCGUCGUCGUCCGCCGCCGCCGCCUCGGCUGCCGCCACGGCGGCGGCCGCGGCGGCGGCGGCGGCAAUGCUGAACCCGGGCCAGGCGCCGUAUUUCCCGUCCCCGGCGCCGGCCGCCGCCGCCGCCUCGGUGCAGAUUCACGCCGCCGCCGCCGCCGCGGCCGCUGCCAAGGCACAUCAACUGGACAUCGAGCCCGACAGACCCAUCGGAUACGGAGCCUUCGGAGUAGUCUGGUCAGUGACGGAUCCUAGGGAUGGAAAGAGAGUUGCACUCAAAAAGAUGCCCAACGUCUUCCAGAAUCUAGUUUCCUGCAAGAGGGUCUUCCGUGAGCUGAAGAUGCUCUGCUUUUUCAAACAUGAUAAUGUGCUUUCUGCGCUUGAUAUACUCCAACCUCCACACAUUGACUACUUUGAAGAAAUCUAUGUUGUCACAGAGCUAAUGCAAAGUGACCUUCACAAGAUCAUCGUGUCUCCACAACCAUUGAGUUCAGAUCAUGUCAAAGUUUUCCUGUACCAGAUUUUGAGAGGGCUGAAGUAUCUGCAUUCAGCUGGCAUUUUACACAGAGAUAUCAAACCAGGGAACCUGCUUGUGAACAGCAACUGUGUCCUUAAGAUUUGUGACUUUGGUCUUGCCAGAGUAGAAGAACUUGAUGAGUCCCGUCAUAUGACCCAGGAAGUUGUCACUCAGUAUUACCGAGCACCAGAAAUCCUGAUGGGUAGCCGCCAUUACACUAAUGCCAUCGAUAUCUGGUCUGUAGGGUGCAUCUUUGCAGAGCUUUUAGGCCGUAGAAUCUUAUUCCAGGCUCAAAGUCCCAUUCAACAGUUGGACUUGAUCACAGAUCUUUUGGGAACUCCAUCACUAGAAGCCAUGCGGACAGCAUGUGAAGGUGCCAAGGCUCACAUACUCAGGGGUCCUCAUAAACAGCCAUCACUUCCUGUCCUUUACACACUAUCCAGCCAGGCUACCCAUGAAGCUGUCCACCUCCUCUGCAGAAUGUUAGUUUUUGAUCCUUCAAAAAGAAUCUCUGCAAAGGAUGCCCUGGCUCAUCCAUACUUGGAUGAAGGACGGCUCCGGUACCACACUUGUAUGUGCAAAUGCUGUUAUACCACCUCUACAGGACGUGUUUACACCAAUGAUUUUGAGCCCAUCACUAAUCCAAAAUUUGAUGACAGCUUUGAAAAAAACCUGACAUCUGUUCGGCAGGUUAAAGAGCUCAUUCAUCAAUUCAUUCUGGAACAGCAGAAAGGGAACAGGGUUCCACUAUGCAUCAACCCACAGUCUGCUGCAUUUAAAAGCUUUAUCAGCUCCACAGUUGCUCAGCCCUCUGAGAUGCCCCCAUCUCCACUGGUGUGGGAGUAAGUGGAAGAAACUACUGAUGACAAACAUUUUAGGUUCUCACUAGAAUCUAAAAUUUGCAGUACAUUUAUGUCGGGACAAGUGUGUAAUUUUACUUAUAAAAAUUUCUAAAAAGUUUAAAAAAACCACUGAAUUGUAAAGAAUAUACUUUUAGGAAUAUGCUGGACUUGUAUUUUUUAGGGAUUAAAUUGGUGGUUGUGCUUUGAAAUAAAGCAGCUUUAGCAAGAGCUGCACAGUUUGUAUGUAUUUAUGGAACUGUGUGCAGCCUUCACUUUUUGGGCUUUGGAAAAACAAAAGCUGCACUAAACUGAGCUGGGUGUCUUGACUUUAAGUGGGACAUGGAACAGGCAUGUACAGGAUCUCUAAGGAAUCAACGCUCAUCCAUUCCUGAAGACACUUUGAACUAAGACUGGCUAAGAAUACAGAGUUUCUGCCGACCAAUCAUGUCAUAUCAGUUGAUAAGGCUGUUUAAUGAAAUGGGCAUGUCACCUGACAGAUCAAUUCUAUAGCUUCUCUUCAGAGCUGUGACAGUGGUUUGCUGUUGUUUGUAUAACUUUGUGAUUAGGAAGAGAUGGAGUGAGUGUGAAUUUAUCACUAGCAGAAGUAACUUAUGUUUCCCCAGUCCCUUAAUUAUAUUUAACCAAUUUUUAGAAACAUUUUGUUUUAUUUCUGCAGUCAAACCUCAAGCAUGCAUCAUCCCACAUUACUUGUGUAUAUAGGUCCAGUGUUGGGUAGAUUUUAAAAGUCUUGACAUUACUGUAUAGAGGAAUUAGCUUGCACAUUUUAGGUCUGUGAAAUAUUCCGUGAAAGUUAUUUUCUGCACUGGACAGUGUAACAGGAAAAAAAGCAGCACAUAGGCGAUUAUGUUAAUUGUGUCUUGUGUCUUUAGGCAGAACUGUGUGGAAGUGUUGAUCUGAAACGUCACAGUAGUGCAGUUUUAAUAUCCUUUCUGACAAAUCCUUAUCUACUGGAACACUGAACUAUUCUGUGUAUAUGUAUAUAUGAACAGAAAUUGAAGGCUCUACCUCCAGGAGUAUACAACUUGGUUUGUUUACCUCCACGUUUUUUUAAAAACAAUUCAGCGUGGGGAUUUAAAACUUGAAUGUCCCUUCCAGCUUUUAUAUUUAAGAAAAAAGAUUUUUCACAUGUACGAAGGAACCUUUAUGGAUUGUCUUAAAUACACAAUUGUGUUCAAAGCUGAGAAUAUGACCCCAGGCUCGGUCAUCAUUACUUGACUGUUAAAUAACUGUAGUUCAUAUCUGUAUUUAGCAUUGGACUCUUGCUGCGAGUGACCCAGAGCAAAGGUGUGCACAGAUUUCAGUUAGAUCCCUAAUAUUUUAUUCCUUUUAAAAUUUUAAUUUAAAUGAAUUAACGGCUUGCUGUGGCAAAGACUCGUCAUGCUGGAAAUUGCAACUAUUUACAAUUAGGAACAAUUAAGAACAAUUAAGAGGUUUAUGAAUUGUAAAGAAAAAGUUUUUAAGCCUCCAGAGCUUUAAUAAUAAAUUAAGUUUUAAAGGCUUGUAUUUGAAGAUCUCUGUUUUCAGGAAACAGGGCAAGAAAAUUCCUAAGAGCCUGCUGAGAAACCAGUUUCAAGACUUCACCUGAGGUUCAUCGUCCUAUGUGACACAUUUGCCGGUCACUUUGUACAAUGUAGAUUUGAAGUACAGUGGUGGAAAUUCAUUAAAUGUGACAUUUAAAAGAAAA